AUGCCGCUGUGGUUUUUUCCAAAGAUGGAUGUUCCUGUCAACCCCGCCAGCAACACCUUUCUCCGCCUCUUCCGGCCUCGUCUUCUUCCUCCAAACACCAAGCUUCCCGUCGUCUUAGGCUUUCAUGAAGUGGAUGAAUCCAUAUUUGAGAAAAUCCUAGAGGCGAAAGUAGCAAAAGAGGCAUGGGUUACUCUACAAAAAGUAUACGAAGGUGAUGAACGUGUCAAACGAAUGAAGUUGCUAACAUUAAGAAAUGAAUUCGAGUCAGAUUAUUUUGUUCGGGUACAAACUAUUAUUAACCAAAUUCGAGUUAAUGGUGAGAAGCUUGAUGAUCAACGGAUAGUAGAGAAAAUUAUGCACUCUUUAAGUGCAAGAUUUAGCUAUGUUGUUGCAGCAAUUGAAGACGGAAAUGAUAUUUUCACUCUCACAGUUGAAGGGUUGGUGAAUUCAUUGCGUUUGCAUGAACAACGAAUAAAUCAGAAAAUCAACUUUACAAAUUCAGAGCAAGCCUUGCAGAGUAGAUCAUCUACUGGAGGUCAUGGUGGCCAACAAGAUGGUAGAGGCUGUGGUUGUGGUAGCGGUAAAGGAGGACAUAACAACUUCAACAAUAAAGAUGGAGAUGGUGACACAAAUUCUUUUAAAGGAAGGGGCAACACUUCUAAACCUAAAGAUAAGUCACACAUAUAA